AUCUCUAAUCUUUACAAUACUUCGAAGACAGUCAUUGAAUCAUUUUGAUCUUCAUUUGUUUUCUGUCGUGAGAGAUGUCGUUCUUCCGGCAAGCAGGCUUUACGGCGAUAGUAUGCUGUCUUUGCAUCAACCUUGGUCUUCUAAACUCCUGGCCAUCGUCGACGUCGGGCCUCUUCGCGUCAGCUAACACAACCCUCAACCGGCCAAUGUCUCAGACGGAACUGGCUUUGUUCGGGAGUCUUACUUCUGUGGCUGCUCUAUUCAGUACACCAUGCUCUGGAUUUCUGCUAGAUGUUUUGGGAAGAAAGUACUCUUGUAUUUUAUUCGGGCUCCCGCAAGUUAUUGCCUGGACAAUAAUUUCGACGUGUUACAGAGUAGAGGGCGUCCUGAUCGCCAUGUUUAUAUCUGGGCUCAGUGGUUGCAUUUUUCUCAUAGUACCAGUCUUCAUAUGCGAAUUCUGUGAUGAGACCAUACGUGGUAUGAUGACGUCGUCAGCCCUCAUUUUCUAUGGACUAGGGAUGCUAUUGUCAUAUGUUCUGGGAGGCUCUUUGGAGUACCACACUAUGAAUUAUUCGUUCUUAAGUCUGACGGUCGUUGGGGUGGCUUUGCUGAGUUUCCUGAAGGAGUCACCAACGCAUCUCAUGAAGAAGGGUUUGGAAAAGGACGCAGCAAAAUCAGUUGCAUAUUACAGAGGAGAGAAAGUGGAAUCCAAGGUUGUAAUGCAAGAAAUUGACAACAUUCGAAGAUCCUUGAAUCCUGAAUUAGAAGCUAAAGAAGAUGCAACAGCAGAAGAAGAAGAAGAAUUGAGAGUAUCAACUGAAAAGGUGAAAUUAUCGUUUUGGCGGUUCAUUAAAAAAUCCCGUUCAACCAGACGCGCUCUAUUGCUAUGUCUCAUUCUCUACACGGCCUCCAUUUUCCAAGGUCUAAUCGUAGUACAAGUUUACGCACAGCCUUUAUUCAAAGAGGCGAUCCCUCACGUGUCAACAACAAUAUCAAGUGUAAUAUUCGCUGUAGUUGUAGUUGUAGCGGGAUGUCUGGCUGGGUAUCUUAUGGAAAAGGCCGGAAGGCGGUUUCUUAUGAUUAGUUCAUCCUUGAUUGCUGGAGUCUGUUGUUUAGUACUGGGAACACAGAUACAAUUGCACUGGGGACCGUAUUGGAUCUCGGCAAUAUUCCUAUACACAUUCUGUGUCGCCUACUCGCUAGGUGCCGGCACUGUUCCCCUAGUACUUAUUGCGGAGGUAUUUCUGCCUGAGAUAAAAGGCAUAGUCACAAUGAUUGCAUUCGAAUGGGCAUGGAUGUGCAAUUUCAUAAUAUUGUUCAUGUUCAACCCACUUGUAGCGGUCCUGGGUAUAGGCCCUAUCUUUUACAUCUUCGGAAGUGUUGCCUUUGCGACGGCCCUAUAUUCCUUUUAUUUCUUGCCCGAAACCAAAGGGUUGCCAGUUGAUGUUAUCCAAACAUUAUUUAUUAAAAACACUAAACCUAAUAAUGUAUAAUUUAAGUUAAAUAAAUUAUUUAUUAUAUAGUUUUGUCGUUCGACAUUAUAAAGCACUUCUUAGUUUAGUGGUUAUUUUGACUGUUUUCGUUAAGUUAAAUAAAUAAACAAAAUUACAGAAAUUUGACAUAAAUCAAAGAAUUUUAUUCCCAAUUAAACGUCAAUAAUAGUUAUGACCAAAAUAUGAGUGAAGUUCUUUGUCAAUUAUUAUUGUGAUCCUAUUUCCUUUCACGGCUAGGUCGAAUCAAUUCUCGCCUGGCCACCAUUUGACGUGCAUUUGACUUUGACGUGCCAACUCA